GUCGCCCCCGUAUUAUAGUUUGGCUAAAGAUGGCGUUAGCGGCUAAUGCAGGCGAUUGCACUUUUUUUCCACAAAAUAUAUUCGGCCUCUGGCAAUGUAGCAUUGCUAAAAUAGUUACUUCUUACAAAUCUAUUGACAAUAAAAAAUAAAAUAGGCCAGUUACACGCAUCUUACGUCGAAUAACGCAAUCGAGGCCUCUUCAAACAGCAGGCCUUUUUGACGGAUCGUGGCGGCGGUUAGGGACUCAAUUUCCCGUCAGGGAUUGCGGCGUCAGGCGCUGUCCAGUGAUGCUCUGCGGUGAUAUCUACCUGAGCAUAGAAUGGUAAAGAUGCAAUAAUUGGGUGCGUGGCCUGCUAGUUUGAUCAAUUAUGGCCUCAUCACCAGUGAAGGGUGAAGGAAAGCAGCAGAGAGUGAGCCCAAAAGAAGGCCAACCACCUUCCCCAGAGUCCUCACUGACCUGGUGCUUGGACCACCUCUGCAAACCUGGACUACCAGUAGGGGCAGAGCACCAGACAGGUUCAUCCAAAGACACCGACAAGAGGUCAAAACUGUAUCAGUGGAGAGCCCUGGUUGCCAUCAGGACACAGCAUAUCAAGGGCGACAAGGCUGGCAUCGCUAGAUUCAGAGGAAAAGGUGGACUCAAACUCCUGCUGAAACUCCUUAAACACCCUGAAUGCCCCAGGAAAAUCCUGGACCUGGCUCUAAGCAUCCUGGCCAACUGCUGCACUGAGCAGGAGACACGCUUAGAAGUCCGGAAACUAGAAGGGAUCAACAUUGUUGUGGACAUAAUGAAGAGAAACGUUGCUUUAGAGACGGUCCAGAACCGGGCUGCCCGAGCUUUAGGGAACUUGGCCAUGGAUCAAGAAAGUUCUGCACUCAUCCACUCUGCUGGUGGUAUUCCUCUCCUCCUCCUCUGUGUGUCCGUGUCCGCGUCGGCCCCAUCAUCUCCCACAGCUGCUCCAUCCUCCAACUCCUGUCCCAAACUUGAAUGCGCUCAGUCCGCUGCUCGGGCCCUCCUCUACCUCUCAGACUCACCCUCAAACCGCCUCUCUCUGCUCACCCAAGGGACAUUAUCUGCCCUUGCACCUCUUAUUGCCCCCGAAUAUCCCAGUGGUCUGAGGCAUGCAGCCCUUAGGACCCUCAAUGAGCUCACCAAAGGCUGUGGAAUUGAAUGUGCCAGGGAGGUCUCCCGUUCUGGUGUUUUGACUCAGCUCGGGGUCAUGGCAUCAGGGGGUGAACAAUUUGAAGAGCUUGCGCUGAAAACGCUGGCUAACAUGUGCUCUCAAGGCUGCCUGCGGCCCUUUGUAGGAUCUCUAGGGGUCAUUCAGAAGUUCACAGAGGAGAUUAAAAAGGACCCGCUGAAGUCAGGAGUCUUCCUCAAGGCUCUGUGCUGGUGCUGCAAAGAAGCGGUGAACCGUGCCAAGGUAAAGGAGUCUGGUGGUUUGGAGGUCCUGAUGAAUUUUUUGUCCUCUCACCAGAAUCAUCCACUCUCCAAGUUCAUCAUACUGGCCUGUGUAGACUUUGUUUUUGAUGAAUCUGCCAUGGAACAGCUGGCAGAGCUGGGCUUGGUCCCUGUUCUUGUUGCACUACUAGUGAAGCUCACCAGGGGAGAAGAAGAUUUGCUGGAGAAGGUGGAUGUGAGCAGCUCCUCUAACAUGCCUCACAAUGAGCUCCUGUCCUCUUCUUUUUUGGAGUCAUUUGACUAUCCUCCUGCUGAGGUAUGCAGGAGGGAAGAAGCUGGGAGGGAGCAAGGUUCCUCCAGCUUCCUAAGUCUCAGAUCCUGGUUGCUUUCUGAGGGACUGAUAUCAUCUGAAGGGGAACUGCUGGAUUCCUCCACUGCUGAUGCUGAAUGGGGGACCCUUAACCCCCCUUCCUCUUCACCUCAAACCUCUUCCCCAAACCCAGACUCCAGCCAAUCACCCAAAGCCCCUUCUUCAUCCAGCUCUAAUAAAACAGCUCCACCUCUGUCUCCACUUCCCUCCUUGUCCUCCUCCUCGAGCAUCACCGAUCCUUCCCCUUCUACUGGGAUCACCCCUCCAAACCCAACUGCUUCCCCCUCCGUCUGCUCUCCCACUAAUACGUCUCAAACACCUAUUUCCCCAUCAAAGCUCUCAUCUUCACAGAAAAGAAGAAGGAUGCAUUCAGCAACUUCACUCACCAAGUUUGCAAUUGAUAGCCCUCCUACUGUCCCCCGAACCAGCACCUAUCAGCACCCCUAUCACCCUGAACCCUGGACGCAAGAGUCUCCCAUCCUCCUGCUGCUGUCGCGUUUUUCCCACGCCAGUGACCCCAGCAGCGCUCUGGUGAGCGCUGUGGUCAUGUCUGGCUUGCUCUGCUACAUCACCCAGCACCAGGACCCCAGCAGCAGGUGCUUCCGCAUGCUUUGCCGCUUGAGCUGCAACCCAAGCUGUUUACAGGCGCUGGUUCGAACCGGUUCUGUGGCAUUGAUACGCCACCAUCUCUGUUUGGGUGAAGACAGGUCAGAGAAACGACGAAGGCAGACGGAUCGAGUGAAAGCUAAAGUUAAGCAGCUUGGUGAUGAUCUUCUGAAUAAUCUUCGUGUUCAGUGUGAGUCUAGCUUUGGUUCUGGCGUUCUCACCCAUGUGAUGCUGUCAGGCUCUGAGUCGGAUAAGAUGAGCUGCGCUCUGUCUCUGCCAUUCAUCAGCAGCAACAAAUCUUUGUUAAGGAAGCUUCUCCUGGAUUGUGGAGGUCUGUUCGCUGCACUGCGACAUCUUGACUGUGAAUUUGACGAUGAGGAUGAAGAGCACCAUGGAAGGCUGCUGUCUGAAUUGUUUAAAUCACCCCAUUCAGAUGUGACCUCUCUCUAUUUUUCCCUCUUGCUCACAUGCCUGUCUGCUCUGACGGGUGCCGUUAGAACCAAACUAGGAGAAAAAAACACAAACCCAACUCCAGCCGGUGAUGUUGAAAGAGAUUCAGCCCCUCCACUGAAAAAGCCUCGCCUCGCAGACUCGUGUCCGUAUGGGAGUUCAGAGUUUGACCUGGUCUUGCUGCUUGAUGAUGGGACCCGAAUUCCAGCCAGCAAGGAGGCUGUGGCCGGAGUGGAAGACGCAGACGAAGCUGGAUCUGAAUACUUCAGGGCUUUAUUAAGAGGUGGUUUUGGCGAAGCUGAGGCAGAAGAAGCUAUUCGUAUUAAGGAUGUCAGCGCAGGUAUGUUGCUGCCGCUACUGCAUUACCUCCAUGGAUGUCGCUUCAGUUCAGACUCAGACAAUGAAAGGAGUGACAAACAAGCCAGACGGCACUGUCAGACUUUAGAUUCAGUGGUUGUGGGUGUCUUCCAAAAUGAAACAGGAGAGCCAUCAACAGAAGGCUUUCAGACAACACCGUUAUGUGAAUUGAUGAUUGGGGCAUGCAGAUUUUUGGUUAAAGAUCUCAAGAGUGAGUUGGAGGAUAUUUUUGUGUCAUUUCUCCUGUCCUGGUCCAACGCUGGUCAAGCCAAGCAGGGUGAUAAAAAAGACAAUGCUAAAAAGACUGAAAGAGACCAAAAAAGCUCUGACCCUGCAGAGGAUAACCUGGCUGAUCUAACAUCUGAACUAGAGCUGACUGCAGGCGGUAAAAAACUGAACGGUUUCCUUCAACAAUUAGAAGGAAAGGAAAUGUCUUCAACUGGAUCCAUCCAGAAGGGCAUCACAGGACUAGACAGAACAGUCUCCAAAACAGUCAGUGCAUCAGAGGACCAAUCAGUUUCUCCUGAAGGGAAGCUGCUAGGACCAAAGAACAGGCUGAAGUUUGCCAAUCAGGACUCCUGUUCUUCCUCAGAAGCUGCCCUUUCUGCUUUGCUUCCCCAGCUGUACUGGUUUUCCCAGCGGUACAGCUAUCCCACUCUGGGUCGGACCUGCCUCGCCCUGCUGCUGGGUUUCCAGGACUGUCCUCGUCCAUUUGUAUUCUGCUCCGUUGCUGCAGAUUGCUUUCGCAGACUAGCCAGAGAGGCAGACUGUACAGAGACUCUAAAACAGGAUCUGCUUUGCCUGGUCUCCGCAGCCUUAGUCUGAGAAAAGAUGAAUUGUGACUGUUAUCUUACAUUCACUGAAACCGGUAAAAGAAAAAUCAGUCAAAAGAACUGUUGCAUUAUUUUUG